CCCCCCGCGGGAGCAGAUCGGCGCGCGGCAGCCCCGGGCACGGUCCCGGACCCGCCGAGAGGACUCCGUGAGGCCGCCGAGGGCAGCCGGUGAGGCCGGCCCGGACCCGCCGAGGGCAGCCGGUGAGGGCGCCCCGGACCCGCCGAGGGCAGCCGGUGAGGCCGGCCCGGACCCGCCGAGGGCAGCCGGUGAGGCCGGCCCGGACCCGCCGAGGGCAGCCGGUGAGGCCGCCCCGCGCUGUGCAGCCCCUGCCCCGGGCUGCCCGUCCCCGAUCGGGCAUGGCCGUGUUCGACACCCCGCAGGAGGCCUUCGGGGCCCUGCGCCCCGUGUGCGUGCAGCUGACCCGGGCGCAGACGCUGGAGAACGUGGGGCUGCUGCGGGCGCGGCUGGCGGCGGUCAGCGCCCCGGCGCUGCAGGAGCUGCAGGAGUAUGUCCUGUUCCCGCUGCGCUUCGCCCUGCGCCUGCCGGGGCCCCAGCAGGAGCGCCUGGCGCAGAGCCUGGUGCAGUGCAUCUCCGCCGUGCUGGCGGCCACCUGCCUGAAGAAGCCGGAGCUGCUGCGGGAGCUGUUCUCCGAGCUCUGCUCCUGCCUCUCGCCCCCUCCCGGCGCCGGCAGAGCCGCCCCGCAGUCGGAGGAGCUGAAGCUGGCCGUGAUCCAGGCGCUGCACACCCUGCUGCAUGCGGCCCGCGGGGACGUCGUCCUGUCCCUGUACCAACCUUCCACCCUGCCCCUCCUGGGCUUUGCUGUGUCCUUGCUGCUGGGCCUGGCAGAGCAGGAGAAGGCGAAGCAGAUCAAGGUCUCGGCUCUGGGGUGCCUGCAGGUGGUGGUGCUGCAGUGUGGCUGCCAGCAGCACCGGCCCCUGGCCGAGGAGGAGCAGCAGCACUGCGGGGAUUUGUUUGCCUCCUUCCUGCCCGGCAUGUCCCUCGCUUUGGCUCGGGUGAUCACUGGGGACACCAAACAGGGCCACAAACCUGCUGUUUGUGCCAUCAGGCUCCUGUACCUGACCCUUGGCUCGGUGAUGGCCGAUGCCCAGCUCGCCAGGGUGCCACGGAGCAAGGCAGAGCUGCCAGCAGAGCAGUGCAGAGUAGCAGAGCUGAUGGUCCACAGGGGACCCGAGUGGAGUCAGAGCACUGCUGCCAAGCUCUCGCUCCUGCUGCAGAAGGUGGUUGAGUUCUCUUCAGUUCACCCCCACUGGAAGGUGAGGCUGGAGCUGGUGGAACUGGUGCAGCACCUGCUGAGGACCUGCAGCCAGUCGCUGGUGGACUCCUUCGGUCACCUUCUGAAGGCCUUGGUCGGGCUGCUGAGCGACGACGACAGCCAGGUGCAGAGCAGGAGCCAGCAGGUGCUGCGGGGCAUGGCCGAGCCGGGGGGGGUGGCCCGGAGCAGGGCUCUUGCUGACGUCCUGGCCGAGAACCUGCACUCCCUGGCCACGGCCCUGCCUCGCCUGAUGAGCUCGCAGGACGACAGGGGCAAGGUUUCCACGCUCAGCCUCUUGCUGGGCUACCUGAAGCUGCUGGGCCCCAAGGUGGACACCGUCCUCAAGUCCAGGUGCCACCUGCAGCGGCUGGGCAAGGCGCUGGUGCAGGUGCUGGAGCUGGACGUGAGCCCCGUGAAGGUGGUGGAGGAGCGGCAGGGGCUGCGGGCGGGCAGGGCCCGGCAGAAGCAGUUCCGCUUCUUCGCGGAGGAGAAGGUGGCGCAGCUGCUGCAGCAGGUCUGCCGCCUGCUCGGCUACCAUGGCAACCUCUACCUGCUGGUGGACCACUUCAUGGGGCUGUACGGCGAGUCGGGGCUGUACCGCAAGCAGGCAGCCAUGGUGCUGAACGAGCUGGUGACGGGAGCGGCCGGGCUGGGCGUGGAGGUGCUGCAGCGGAGGGAAGCGCCCCCGGACGCGGAGGAGCUGACAGGCUGCGUCGUGUCCAUCCUGGACGAGUACACAGACCAGGCCAACUGGGACCUGCCCACCGGCCUGGACGGGGAGGAAACGGGCCCCGAGGAGCCCGCGCAGCGCUCGGCGCCCGCUGCCCGUCCGGCGGGUGGGCACAGCAGCGCGGUCCUGCCGCAGCCGCCCGCCGCGGCCCGAGCGGCGCACAGCAACGCCUGGCAGCUGUGCGUGCAGCUGGAGGGCAUGGGGUGCUGUGCCACGGCGCUGGGCGCCGCCUUCCGCCCGCUGCUGCGCUCGGCGCUGUGCCCGCUGCUGGAGAAGGCCGGGGACGGGAGCCCGCUGGUCAGCGAGGCGGCGCUGGGCGCGCUGCGGGACGUCUGCCAGGCCUGCGGGUACCCCUCGGCGCGGGCGCUGCUGGCUGACAACGCAGACUACCUGGCAGAUGGCAUCGCCCUGGGGCUGCGCCAGGCGGCACAGCGGCCCCGCGCCGCGCGGGUGCUGGGCACCAUGCUCAGCCUGUCGGACGCCAGCUCCCUGCCGCUGCUGGAGGAUGUGCUGCAGGAGGCGCUGGCCGCCCUGGACCACUCCUACGCCCACCAGGCCUCCACCUUCCUCGGCGUGCUGCACUCGCUGAUGGCAGCUUUAGCCUGCUGGUUUGGCCCCUGCUGCGGUGAGGAGCGUGGCCGUGGCUGGGCUGAGGAGAGCCAGAGCAGAGCUGAGUCCCAGGGGCAGCAGCUGGUGACAGGACAGGAGCUGGAGCAGUUCUUCCUGGACUACAUCAGACAGAAGCAGGUGGCAGAGGGAGAUCUUCCUGACACAGAGGAUGAGGAGGCAGAUGAGGCUCCCCCACUGGCUGCCCCUCAGCUGAGCAGCUCUGCCACCGAGGGAGAGGCUCCUCUGCCAAGCCAUGCCCAGCUGGCCAAAGCUGUGAUGGAGAGGUGCAGCCAUCUGCUGUCCCACCAGAGCCUCCACCUGCGGCUGAAGGUGCUGGAGGUGCUGGAGCUGUGUGUGACCGUGCUGCAUCCCCAUGGCACCCACCUGCUGCCCCUGGCUCACCGGGCAUGGCCUGCGCUCCUGCCCCGCCUGCUGGCCGACGACCCCCGGGCAGUGCUCAGGGCCUUCAAGGUGCUGUGCACCCUGGCAGACAAGUGUGGGGACUUCCUGAGGCAGAGGUUCUCCAAGGAUGUCCUGCCCAAGCUGGUCAGCUCCCUCCUCAGCCAGGCCCCAGCCAGUGCCCGAGCUGGGCCUGUCUACAGCCACACCCUGGCCUUCAAGCUGCAGCUGGCAGUGCUGCAGGGGCUGGGCCCCCUGUGUGAGAAGCUAGACCUGGGCGAGAGUGACCUGAGUAAAGUGGCAGAUGCCUGCCUGCCCUACCUCAGUGCCAGGCAGCCCAGCAGGCUGCAAGAGGCUGCCCACAGUGUCUUCCUUCACCUGAUGCAGAUGGACCCUGACAGCACCUGGCUGCUGCUGACCGAGGUGUGCUGCCCCCAGCGGUUCCAGCCGCCCCAUGCCAGCCUGCGCCCGCUGCGGCUGCCUGGCAUGGGCAGGCCACGGGACGAGUUCACCCACAACGUGCAGCUCCUGCUGGAGAGGCUGGGCCAGCAGGAGGGCAGGGCAGCAGGGCUGGGCACGCAGGAGCCUUCUCCUCCUUGAGACACCUGCAGGUCAGCUGGCAGGGGCAAAAGGAACCCCCCAGGGCGGAGCUGCCCUGGGAAAUGCCCUCGGGCCACUAAUCCUGCCGGGGGCAAGGCAUGAGCUGCCCAGUCAAGGCACCCGGCCCUGGGCAGAAGUCUGGGGGUCUGAGGAUGAGGUGAGAGCAUCACCCCAGCUCCUCCUGGCUGGGCCCUCCCUGCACCUGCUGCUGGAGGGAAGCCAGUCUGGGGGGGCACCAAAGCCCUUUUCAGGACCAGUAAAGAGCAGUGCCAGUGAGUGCCACCUCAGUGCCACCGUCGAGGGCAGUGUCCUCCUGCAGGGCUCUGGCUCUGCAGUUCGCUCAGGCUGCCCUCCAGGCUGCCCAGGCCUCCCCACAGCUCCUCCAGAGGAGGUGCCAGCCCUGCAGUGCAGCACUCAGGGCACUUAUGGCUCGUUCCCAAGGGCAGCUCAGGGGAGCAGCUCCCUCCCCGUGCCCAAGUACAGCCUGGGCAGGCUCACUCACAGUCCAGUCCUGAAGGCAGUGCCAUUGGGUGGUGCCACAGCAGUGCCAUGCUUUGCUUGGGCAGGCUCAGCACCAUGCAGAGAGGGCAGUGGGCCCUGGGCUCUGCCCCUGCCCAAGGGCUCCUCUGCCCCCCAGGGCACAGCAAGGGCUCUCUGCUCCCCUGGGAGAGGCUUUGCUGCUCCAGCCCCAAGGACCAGCCCCAGCUGCUGCUGCCAGACCAUGCUGCCUGCUGGAUGCCACCUUCACCCCGAGCCACUGCUGGCAGCAGGCUGGCACCUGGGGGAGAGCUGUGCAGCUGGAGCAAGAGGCCAGACCCAGGCUGGGAGGCUCAGGAGGACAAAACCAAAGCAAUAAAGUGACUGUUAGGUGGA